AUGAGCGACGGAUAUCUCGACGGUUACUUGCCAGUGAUCGCGAUUGACGUCGCCAUCGAAGAGAAGACGAGAAUCGCCGAGAUGGCUGUUGCAACUUUGCAUAAACUGCACAACAUGAUGCGGCAGAUGAAGGAUUGGCGGGAGGAUAGCGCGAAAUUGAAGAGCAAUAUCUGGCGAAUGAAAAUGGCUCUGCGGGCGGAUGACAAGAACGAGAACGAUAACCAGCAGAUCGACCCUUUGAUCGUGCAUCAGAGGGCAGAAAUUAUCCGGUUGGAACAGGCGAACGACACUUUGGGGAACGAGGUAACGAGUCUGAAAGAUGCCCUGACGAAAGCCGAAGAGGAUAUCGCACGUGUCGCCGUUUCCGAGAUGAGCGAUAAGAUCGCCAGAAUCGAAGACGCGUUCUCGUACGAGAGGGAACGUCUGAACGACGAAAUUCUGCACCUGAGGAGGCAACUGAGGGAAGCUGAGAAAGGCGAGACGAGCGUACUCAAACAACUCAGGGAGAAGCUGAACGAGUUCGAGAGAGGCGAUCGAACAUUAGAAGCAUUAUUUGCGAACGCGAUCGGCAAAAUCGUCGAGACGGUCGUCGGUCUUUCAGAGGAACUCGUGAAUGUUAGCGAAAGCAUGUAUCGAUUUAAGGCAAAAAAUAGAAACUUGCGUCUCAAGGUGAACAAAUUCAGAGCUAUGCUAAGGUUGAGAUGCGGUAGCAGCACGGAAUAUUGCAAGAGGAUCGGCGAACUGAACAAUCUUGCGGAACAACUGAUGGGAGAGAUGGGCCGAUUGAAAGUUAUUCGCGAGAACGCGAAUUGCGGCGAAAGUUCAGACGCUACGGAUAUUUCAGAUGUUGUUAGACACGUGGAAAGCUUGAUGAACGACUUGAGGAACAAUCUGAAGAACGAUCACCAAGCGAUUAUCGCCGCCGGCGAUCCAGACUGUUUGAAAUACAUGAAGAAAGUAGUUAAUCUGAAAGUAAACCUGAGAAUGUUGUCCGUAGAACUUAGACGAUCGAACGUGCCGAUACAUAAACGAUCGUGCGAGAAUGUCCAAUGCAAAAAGUAUUUAGAAACAGCUUUAUCGUUGAAUAAUUUUUUAAAAGAAAUCGACAUGGAAAUUGAGAAAAUAAAAAUUCAACCGAUGGACAAGUAUUGCAGAAUCGGUGGCAUCAGCGGCUCGCAAUUUAUGACAAAAGUCAUAGAGCUUGAAAAUAUUGUUAGAAAAUCAACCGCGGUAACCGCGAUCAUAAAACAGAGCCCGUUCAAAAUUAUAAACGCUAAUGGGAAAAUAAUGCAAGAGCUGGAAGACUUGAUCGAUCGAUUGUGUUGCAAAAUCAAGGACCUCGAAAUUUUCGACGAUCGCGCAAAUUUAUGCGAAAGAAUCGUACACCUGGAAACUUUGAUCAUGGAUCUGAAAUUAGAACUGAUGGAGAAAAACGAGCGUAUAAAUGCGCUGAACGAUGACUAUGUAAGCGUUAAAUUAACAUUAGAAGGAAAUUGUAAGAAAUACGAGAGGAUCAUCGAUGACAUAUGUGAGGAAAAAAAGAGUCUUCGAGAAGAUAUAAAGAGAAGGAAACAAGAAAUAUUAGAAUUAUCGCGUGAACGCGAAUAUUCCGAGCAACGUGUCGCGGAAAUGCAACUGAUGAAGGUUGAAAUUGACGCGGUAAGGAAAAAAUUGCGGGACCUUCGCGAUGACAAAGAGACGCUAUUAGGGAAAACAGAAGAGAUGCGUAAUACUCUGCGCGAGAGAGACAAGGAAAUUGAGGAUAUUAUUAUUCAGCGUAAUGCGCUGAAAGGGGACCUCGGGGCCGAGGUGGAGGACCUGAAGAUGAAACUUGGGAUCGCUUCCGACGAAAAUGUAAAAUUGAGAAGUAUAAUUGAGGGACUUCGGAAACAGGAGGAAAGCGAGUGUCUGGACAAAUUGAAAAGUUCCGUGGAGGAGAGCGACGAUGAGAACAACCGAAACAAUGGCGAAUAUGCGCGAAACCUCAGGGAUGAAUUAGAGCGCUUGAAAGCCGAGUCAAAUGAGUUUGAAGUAAGCCUGAACGAAGCGAACGAGCGAAUCGACUACCAGAAAUGCCCGUUGGAUAAAGCAAUCGGCGACAGGGCGAGAUUGGAAGAUGAAAUUUCUAAUCUAAAGUCUAAUGAACAAUCGUUGACGUAUCGAUUGAACGUCCAGACGAGCGUCAACAAGGAAACAUCGAGGGAAUUCAAACGAAGUAGAGCGACGACGGGGAACAAAGCGUUCGGGAGUAAAGUCAAACAGCUUCAGAACGAGAAAGAACAACUGGAGGCGGAGCUGUCGAAGUUGAGAUCCGAAAAAGGAUUACUGGAUAAGUCGAUGGCCGAUGCCAAUAACAAGUGCGCCGCGUUGCAUGAUCAAAUUAACAAAUUGAAGUCCGAGCGUAACGACCUGCGGGAGAAGAUAAGCGAGCAGGAAACUGCAGCGGAGAAUUUAAAGUUCGAGUUGAAGAAGGCACGAGAGGAUCUCGAAAACGCGGCCGCUCAAUCGACGCGACUGCGAUCGGAGAACUCGAGGAUCGUCGAGGAUUUCGACGCACUGUCUCUCCGAACCAGCGAGGCCGAGGAUCGCGUACGAGUGCUGUUGACAGAAAAGAACGAGCUGGUGACGCGUAUUAACGAGCUCGAUGAUGAGAACGUAGCUCUGCGAGAGCGCUUGAAUAAAGCGAAAGCGGAGAAUGAAUAUUUUUCCGCGGAAUUGAAUAAAUCAAGAGUCGAAAAUGACAAAGCGGAGGCGAGAAAUGUUCUUCUGCGGGUCACCUGCGACGAAAGAGAAAGGGAUAACGUUCAGUUGAGGAAAGAGAGAGACUCCGCGAGGGAGAGACUUAAUGAAAUCGGUAAUCGAUUGCAAAUCCAGCGAACCAAGUACGAGACGUUGCGAUAUGUCGCAGCCGCGUUACGCCACGAAAAUAACGAGAGCAAGAGUCACCUAAAUAAAGUUGACAUGGUGUAUCCGUUUGUAAUAGACUACGAGCGGGAACUCGCGAACGCUCAUAACAAGGUUAAACACAGGCAGGAUUACUCGGAUGCCACGCGUAGCGUAAAGGUCGAAAUUGGCGAGCGGAGGCAAGGCGACACAGAACUCAAAGUAAAAUCUGAUACAUACACGUGCCACGAUGACAAAGUAAAGAUCAAAGACAAGCCCAAUGACGAAAUAAAGAGGUCGAGAACGGGGAAUAAGGCUUUGAAAUUGGAACGGGCAAAUUUGAGAUCCAAAAACUCCGAGAUUACGAUGGAACUGGCUUGCACAAAAGACGAAUUCGAGAGUCCGGUAACGUGGACGAAAGGAUCUAACGACAAAGAAAUUAUCGGCUCUAUCUUGAGGAAAUUUGACAUCGUAAAUAUCUGGUAUAGAAAAGAGAUAAGCAAUUAUUUCCGUUAUUUCCACGAGCUACCGAAGAUGCUCGACGAUAAAGAAAGGUCUACGGUCACUAUCGAUCAGCUCCGAGUCGAGAAUAGAGCCCUGAAGAUGAAAGUAGAUAUUCUGCGUGAUAGUCUCAACUUCGGUCUGAUGAACGGCGAGAAAACGAAGACCGACUUCGGUAGAGCAACGGAGGAGAUUCAGGCUUUGAAACUCGAGCUGAUAAAUCUAAGGGACGAGAAAGCGGCGUUGAGGUCACGACUCGAGAUGUUUAAGAAAGAAUUAAACGCAUUAAAAUCCGAAAAGAUGGCUUUAAAGGAUGAGCUCGCCGCUUCGAGGAAGUCGAACUUCGAUCUUAGACUCAAAGUGAACGGCUUACUAAGUGUUAACGAAAAGUUAAAGGAGACAAAUGUGGGAUUAGAAGGUCAUUUGCGGGACACAUUGAGAGAGAUGAAUGAACACGCCGCACUAUUUGUAACAUCGGAGAAAAGCUCGAGAAAUUAUUUUGAAAGCACAUUAAAUGACGAUUCAAAGAGGUGCAAUUUUCCCAAAAGAAAUUUACGUACGGUCAAUCGACUUGAUUAUGCUUUCUCUAAAAAUCGUGGGCUUCAAUUCAUCGAAGAAGACCUACAACAUAUAGAAGGACAAAAAGCUAUGAGUUUCACGUAAAGUUCUUCUAAAAUUCAUAAAGGUAACUCGUGUUCUCUUAGCAAGCGCCAAAGAAUCAUUUUAAGAGCAACUGACAAAACCUCCUGA